AUGAAGAAAGAUAAAAGCACAAGUCUAGCUGAGAGGAUAAAAUUUUUCGAUUUUUACAAAGAUUUGCCUUAAGAUUUAGCUGAGCCUUCAGUUUCUGGUGCAACUGGUAAGUUCAAAUAAUCCUAAUAAACUUUAGUCUCAAUGUUUGUAAUGGGACUUAUGGUAGCUCUGUUCAUAUCUCAGACUUACUAAUUCAUGUAAUACCAAAAGACUAGUGAGAUCAUGAUUGAUGUCAAUCAAGGCAACAGCAAGUUGAACAUCAACUUAGCAAUCAGAAUGCACAAAGCUCCUUGCCAUGUUUUAAGUUUAGAUAUUGUUGAUGUUACAGGUGUCCAUGUGAUGGAUGUUGGUGGAAAGUUGCACAAGCAUAUUAUUGAUAAAGAAGGAAUUUAUGUAGAACAUCACGAUACAAUGGAAGACUCUCAUGAAUUCAAGUAAACUAGCUAGGAUGUUAAUGAUAUUGUGAAUGAAGCUAUUGAGUCAAUGAACAAUGAAGAAGGGUGUUUAGUCGAGGGAACAGUAAUCAUUAAUAAGGUGCCUGGUAACUUCCAUCUCUCCACACAUGCUUUUGGUGAGGUUGUUCAAAGACUCUACAUGCAAGGCAGAAGAUUAGACUUUAGUCACACUAUCCAGCAUUUAUCAUUUGGAAACGACACUGACAUGGCCAAUAUUAUGCAAAAGUACGAGGAGAAAUACACUUUCGAUCUCGAUGGCACAUCUAUCAACUAGGAAUAAUAAAUCUAUAAUGGGUAGCUUCUUGCGAAUUAUUACUUAGAUAUCAAUCAAAUUGACUUCUUAGAUGUAACUGGAUUUUGGUCUAGUGUCCUUGAGGGUUACAAAUAUAAGAGCUCUCAAUCAAUCAUGUCUCAAAUGGGUCUCCCUGCAAUUUUCUUUAGAUAUGAGCUAAGUCCAGUCAAGCUAAGAUACACAAUGAGUUAUAAGACAUGGAGUGAGUUCUUCAUUGAAAUUUGCGCCAUUAUUGGAGGAAUGUUUGUUGUUGCUGGUAUUAUGGAGUCUCUCUUAAGAAACAGUCUCUCAAUAUUCUCUUCAGAUAACCUUAAGAAAAAGUGA